AUGUUCAAAAAAGAAGAUGCUCAAGGUCUUAUCACGGGUUUCAGAGUUGCUCAACAAGGUACUGAAAUUACUCAUUUGCAAUUUGCAGAUGAUUUAAUUGUCUUUCUUAAUGAUGAUGAAUCUCAGAUUAAAAAUUUGAAAUGCAUUUUAUUGGCCUUUAAAAAUAUAUCUGGUCUAAAGGUUAACUUUAGGAAAAGCACAAUUGUGGGUCUUGGCCAAAUACACAAUGGUGAGGUUUGUGCUGAUUUGUUUGGUUGCUCCUCAACAAAUUUUCCUAUGAACUACUUGAGAAUUCCUCAGGUGUUUCAGAUGCCAGUUAGUGUGGACAAGGAGCUGGAAAGAAUCAUAAGAAACUUUUUAUGGGGUUCUUCUACUUCAGUUAAAAGAAGAAGUUGGGUUUCUUGGUCUAGAGUGAAUCUGCCAAAAAGUAGAGGAGGUGUUGGGGUAAAGAAGUUGCAGUUGAUAAACAAGGCCUUGCAUGCUAAAUGGAUAUGGAGGUAUGGGAGUGAGAAAACUGCAUUGUGGAGAAGGAUUAUUAAUCAGAAAUUUGGUGGAAUUAUUGAAGCAUUAUUUCAUAAUCACUCUAACAAAUCUGUUUGUUUCAAUUUGUGGUAUGGUAUUUUGAAAUCCAGGGAUUUUGUUAAAACAUGUACUUCUUUGAUAGUUGGUAAUGGCAAUAGUAUAUAUUUUUGGAAUGAUGUUUGGGUGGGAGAGCAGUCCCUGGCAGUUCUCUUUCCUACAUUGUUUCAUCUUUCUAAAAAGAAAAAUGCAGUCAUUAAGGAUUUGAUCUCUUCUGAGGGAGCUUGGGAUCUGAAUUUUGCAAGAAGUCUUAAUGAGAAUGAGAUGCUAGAGGUUGUGAAUUUGCUGGCAGUGAUUGGUGACCCUUGUAAUCUGGGCUUGAAUGGGAUGGUUACAACUGAUGAAAGGCAUUAG